AUGGCUUCCAUUAGUAGCUUACACAGAUGGAUAUCAUCUAACCAUCAAUCUCGUCGUCUCCCUCGACUCUCUUCUUCGAUCUCGGAGCAAAAUCAAUCUCGACCCACUAAUCAAGUUUUCACCUUUUCGGUUCCCAUAUCCAGAAGAGACGCGAAUGUUAUUCUUAUCUGCUCCCUUCCAUUGACGAGCUUCUUCGUUCUACCACCGAGCUCUUCUGAUGCGAGAGAGAGAAGGAGCAGAAAAAUUAUCCCUAUCGAGGAGUAUUCCACUAGUCCUGAAGGGUUGAAAUUCUAUGACAUUGAGGAAGGUAAAGGACCAGUAGCUACAAAAGGAUCAACUGCUCAGGUGCAUUUUGAUUGCCGUUACAGAAGCAUCACUGCGAUUUCGACUCGAGAAUCCAAGCUUUUGGCUGGAAAUCGUAGUAUUGCUCAGCCUUAUGAGUUCAAGGUCGGAUCAACGCCAGGAAAAGAAAGGAAGCGUGAAUUCGUAGAUAAUCCAAACGGUUUGUUCUCUGCACAGGCUGCACCAAAGCCUCCUCCAGCUAUGUAUUACAUAACCGAAGGAAUGAAAGUGGGAGGCAAGAGAAAUGUGACUGUUCCUCCUGAAGCUGGUUAUGGUCAGAGAGGAAUGAACGAGAUACCGCUUGGAGCUACAUUUGAGUUGAACAUAGAGCUGCUUCAGGUGAUUCCCCUGGAAGAGAAGUGA